AUGGGUUCUCCGGUGCUCGGGCUGUGUGCUGUCUUCUGCCUGGCGGCUCACUCCGUGGCUGGGAGCCCCAUCAUGGGCCUGGAGCAGUCGCCUCUGGAGGAAGACAUGCCCCUCUUCGAGGAUGUCUUCUCGGAGCAAGACGGUGUGGACUUUAACACGCUGCUCCAGAGCAUGAAGGACGAGUUUCUCAAGACCCUGAACCUGUCCGACAUUCCCACGCAGGAGUCGGCCAAGGUCGACCCGCCCGAGUACAUGCUGGAACUCUACAACAAGUUCGCCACGGAUCGCACCUCCAUGCCCUCUGCCAACAUCAUCAGGAGUUUCAAGAAUGAAGAUCUGUUCUCCCAACCAGCCAGUUUUAACGGACUCCGAAAAUACCCUCUUCUCUUCAACGUGUCCAUCCCUCACCAUGAAGAAGUCAUCAUGGCUGAACUCAGGUUGUACACGCUGGUGCAAAGAGAUCGCCUGAUAUACGAUGGAGUGGACCGGAAAAUUACCAUUUUUGAAGUUCUAGAUAGCGAAGGAGACAACAACGGGGAAAGAAGCCUGCUGGUCUUAGUGUCAGGGGAGAUCUAUGGAACCAACAGUGAGUGGGAGACUUUUGAUGUCACGGAUGCCAUCAGACGUUGGCAGAAGUCAAGUUCAUCAACCCACCAGCUGGAGGUCCACAUUGAGAGCAGGCACAAUGAAGCUGAGGACAUCAGUAGGGGACAAUUGGAAAUAGACACCAGUGCCCAGAAUAAGCAUGACCCUCUGCUUGUUGUGUUUUCUGAUGACCAAAGCAGUGACAAGGAGCGGAAGGAGGAAUUGAAUGAAAUGAUUGCCCACGAGCAACUUCUCGAGCUGGACAACGUGGAUGGCUUUUCCAGGGGGCCUGGGGAAGAGGCAUUGCUGCAGAUGAGGUCGAACAUCAUCUAUGACUCCACUGCUCGAAUCCGGAGGAACGCCAAAGGCAACUACUGCAAGAGGACCCCGCUCUACAUCGACUUCAAAGAGAUUGGAUGGGACUCCUGGAUCAUUGCUCCUCCUGGGUAUGAAGCCUAUGAAUGCCGUGGUGUUUGUAACUACCCCCUGGCAGAGCACCUCACACCUACAAAACAUGCAAUUAUCCAGGCCUUGGUUCACCUCAAGAACUCCCAGAAGGCUUCCAAAGCUUGCUGCGUGCCCACAAAGCUCGAGCCCAUCUCCAUCCUCUAUUUAGACAAAGGCGUUGUCACCUACAAGUUCAAAUAUGAAGGCAUGGCCGUCUCCGAAUGUGGCUGUAGAUAGAAGAGGAGGGUUGUGCCUUAUUUAAUAACUGUAAAUGUGUAUAUUUGGUGUUCUAUUUAAUGAGACUAUUUAAUGAGGGUGUACAGAUAACAGAGGCUCGUUGCCUUAGGAAAUGGACAGGUCGGUUUGUUGUGGGAAAUGCAUAUUUUGUGUUACAGUCUAGUCCCUUCCAGUCUGUUUUUCUUUGGACUUGCCAUUUCCUGGGAAUGCCUUAGCUAAAGACAAAUGGCAAGUCCACAUGACUUAUCCUCCACACCAACUUGGAAACAAUGACCCCUAAGCAAAUUUCAGUGUCAAAAGACACAUAUUUGUGUUGUGUAUCUUAGCACAUACAUGAGUUCAUGAACAUAUUUUGGUUCUAAAUAGGGGCAGGAUAUACUCACACUUAUGACUCACUCAACUGUGUAUAUAUUAAAGGUCACUGGGAUGUUCUCAGUCAUCUCUUUUCUGAGUAGGAUUUAUGUCAAAGCCGUUUGCAGCAGGAACUUAACCAUCCUCGGAGGUAUUGCAUUUCCUAAAGACUCUGGGAAUGUAAGUGUCGCUUUUGUUAGACGAGGUUCUGGCGGUCCCCAAGCUGCAGGCCUGGGGAGGAGGCUGCAUGCUAGAUACAGGAAUCAAGUGGCUUCAGGAGCAGUGGCCUCAGAGGUACAACAGAAAACAGUGAUCCUCCAGGGACCUGUGUGCAAGAGAGAACAAGGCCUGGUCAAGAAAGGAAGCAAGGCCGGCGCCGUGGCUCAACAGGCUAAUCCUCCGCCUUGCGGCGCCAGCACACGUGUUCUAGUCCCGGUCGGGGCGCUGGAUUCUGUCCUGGUUGCCCCUCUUCCAGUCAAGCUCUCUGCUGUGGCCCGGGAGUGCAG